AUGGCCGAACCAUUGACACCAGUUCACUUCUUCUCUCACGGCAGCACGAUGAUGCUAGGGGAAGACUCAAGGUCUGCUGACUACUGGAAAGCCGCCGGAGAUGCAGCGCUCGCCAACGGCGUCAAAGGCAUCAUCGUCAUGGGCGCGCACUGGGAUUGCAAGCAGGACCAUGCUGUGCAGGUCGCCAUGACGGCCGAGCCGGUCAAGCAACCCGUUGGCAAUGUUCACCCUUCCAAAUACGAACAUUACAGGCUCAAACCAGAUCUCGAGACCGGCGCACGCUGCAUCUCCAUGCUCAACGCUGCAGGCAUCAAUGCCAGUGGUAACGAAUCUUUUCAGUGGAUUCACGAUGUCUUUUUAGUACUUGUUCGGAUGUUUCCAGAUGACAACACCUUGCCACCGACAACCAUCAUCUCGGCCAAUGCCCGUUACGACCCGCACUUUCACGUCCGUGUUGGUGCCGCCCUGAGGCCACUCCGUGCGGAGAAUUACCUCCUGAUCGGCAGCGGCGGUGCCGUCCACAACUUAUACCGCAACGUCUGGUAUCCGAUGCUGCUAUACAAAGACAACUUCGCACAGCCCACGCCGCCAGAGCCCUGGGCAUUGGAAUUCCGGCAGGCUUUCCGGGACGUAGUGGAGCAGAAUAGUGGACCUGCGCUCCGGCGAGGACUUACUAGGUUGAUGAAGCACCCACAUUUCAGAGAUGCACACGCCACCGAUGACCACUACAUGGCUGCGUUGUUCGUCGCAGGAGCUGCAGGUGAUAUACGAGACGAGGGGAGCGUGGGCAUGCUGAUGGCGGAGGAUUGGGAGUUGACCAAUAUGUGCAGUAAGUUGUUUAAUUUUCCACUGAACGUGCCUUAG